AAUCUGCCUUCUUGUUGUUGAAUUUCUUUUUAAUUUCUAACAAAAACAUCUAUAAUUUUUAAUAUUAUUUACAAUAUUUUUCGAAAAAUCACAACAAAAUCGACUAAAUAGUUUAGUAAACAUGGAAGAAACCUUGGAAUUUCGUGAUUUUAAUUUAAUAAAAAACUUUAAAUUUGACGAUGAAAAAAUAUCGACAGUGACUUCAAGGGAACAGCAAAAAACGGAAAACUCUAUAGAAAAGUACUAUGAUAGAUUUCAGCAAAUAGGCAUGCUAGAUAAACAUAUAACCAGGUACUAUAGAGAGGAACAUCAACGAUUUCUGGAAAAUAUGUUGCAUCGUUUGCCCGGUAAUUAUGAGUGCUUGGACAGCAGCAGGCCCUGGUGUAUAUAUUGGAUUUUACAAGCUGGUCAUGUAUUAAAUUUUACAUUUUCCCCGGAAACCUUAGAACAAGUAGUACAAUUUUUAGACAAAUGCCGUCAUCCUCAGGGUGGCUUUGCCGGAGGUCCUGGCCAAUAUCCCCAUUUGGCUCCCACAUAUGCCGCUGUAAAUAGUUUGGCCAUGAUCGGCACACCCAGUGCAUUUAGAGCCAUUGAUAGGGAUUCUUUGGAACGUUUCCUUUUCGCUGUGCGAGAACCGGAUGGUUCUUUUAGACUUCAUGUGGAUGGUGAAUGUGAUGUGCGUGGUGCUUACUGUGCUGUGUCAGUGGCUAAACUUACUAAUAUGCCAGAGACUACCUUAAGUAAACUAUUUGAUAAGACUGGAGAUUGGAUUUCCAGCUGCCAAACGUAUGAGGGUGGUUUUGGUGGUGCUCCUGAUCUAGAGGCUCAUGGUGGUUAUACUUUUUGUGGCAUAGCCGCUUUGGCCCUGCUAAACGAAGGCCACAAAUGUGAUCAAGAACAACUAUUGAAAUGGACUUUACAACGUCAAAUGGCCUAUGAAGGAGGAUUCCAAGGUCGUACCAAUAAAUUAGUGGAUGGUUGCUAUUCGUUUUGGGUGGGUGCCACUAUACCCAUAACUCAAGCCAUCAUGGCAAAUGAUGGUAAGCCUCUAACAAAGGCCCUAUUCGAUGUGGGAGCUCUGCAGGAAUAUAUUUUACUAUGCUGUCAAAAGCCCAAUGGUGGCCUUAUUGACAAGCCUGGCAAACCCCAAGAUCUUUACCACACUUGCUAUACCCUAAGCGGUGUAGCCAUAGCUCAACAUUCGGAAUCAGCUUUAAAUCCUGCCAUAUUGGGUGAUCCCAUUAACGAACUAAUGCCCACCCAUCCCCUAUUCAAUGUUUCACCACUGGCGGUGGCUCAUAGUACCCAUUUUUACGAACAAUUGAAUAAAUUACGUUCCUGUACACAAUUUGAUAAUUCUCUAGAUGAAGACGAUGACAUAAGUGAGGAUCCGGUAGAGGAAAAUCAUUCUUCAGUUAGUUCAACAACAUCUAAUUAAUUUUACUUCAAUUUAAGAAAAUAUUUAAAGACAAGUGAUCAUGAUGCAGAGGUAUACAAAGAAAAAAAUAUGUAAUUGUGUAAACAAAUAAUUUUUACCUGUAUUUUAUAUACUGCAUACUUUUGGGCAGUUUUUGAACUAGUAUUCACUUAAAGAAUGUAUCUAUAAAUAAUAUUCUAUAUAUACCUAUAUACAGUGAGCCGCAAAAGUGAGUAUACACCAAAAAUUAUUGGAUAUUUUUUAAGAUAAUGAAAAUUCUAAAAUUUAUCCAUGAUUAAAAUUUUAAAGUUUCGGUUUGAUAGAGAUUGGCUUGAAUAAUAUCUUUGGUUGUGAAAAAUAUAGAUUUAAGUCGGACUAUAAUGAUUUUCAUGAUCUUAAAAAAUCAAAAAAUUCGCUGCUGUUUACUCACUUUUGAGGCUCACUGUAUAUCUCUUGGUAAAAAAUCAAAGAUAUACAAGUAAAGCCUUUUUUCUAUUUAAAACUGAAAUAAUAUUCUUGUAAAUGUUAAAUUGAUAUAAAUGUUAUUUUCUUAAAAAUCAAAUUUGACUUAAAAUAUUGCAAUAAAAACAAAAAACAAAAUGAAAAGUAAAGAA